CUUUUCCAACUUAUAAAUCUUGAAAUUUUCCAAUCACCCCCCAGUCACAAAAAUGCGUUUCUUUCUUUUGUUGUGUGUUUUCGUGCCCCAAAUUUGGGGUCUUGAGGUCACUCCCAUUAGGGCUACAGCCCUCAAAGAUAUAGGUUUACGUAUAAUUAACGGUGAUGAGGCUGUUUUGGGGCAAUUGCCUUGGCAAGUGGGGAUUAAGGGACGUGCCUCAUGGGGGGGCUAUUUCUGUGGGGGUUCACUGAUUGGCGAAGAGUGGGUUUUGACAGCUGGACAUUGCAUUGACGGGGCUAUUUCGGCCACGAUUUACACAAAUACGACUAAAAUUUCGAACUCCAAUCGGGUAGUAUCGCAGGCGGCUGAGUUUAUACUUCAUGAAAAAUUCAAUAGUAUCACCCUUAACAACGAUAUUGGAUUAAUUCGGCUCAAAAAGCCACUCAAAUUUAAUGAUAACACUAAACCCAUCGCUUUAGCAAUUCGAGAACCACCAAUUGGUACCAAUGUGACAGUAAGUGGUUGGGGUGUCACUAGAGACAGUGAUAUUUACACUAGUGAUAUUUUGUAUUAUACCACUAUUGAUAUCAUUGAUAAUGCCGAAUGUGCCAGAAUUUUUGGAAAUAGUGUUAUCACAGAUAGUGUGAUUUGUGCCAAUCCGGGGAAUCCCCAUACAAGUCCAUGCCAGGGUGAUAGUGGCGCACCUGUUGUUGUUUUGGAUUCAUGUGGCAAACCUGUACAAAUUGGUGUGUUCAGUUUUACCAACGGAGUAGGGUGCGAAUAUCCCUACCCGUCGGGUAACUCCCGAGUUGCCUACUAUAGGGAUUGGAUAAAUUUGGCUUCGAUUUCAAUUAUCGUCUUGACCGUGAUGCUUCUCCUUGUAAUUCUCACGUUUUUGUACCAUUUUACCCCAAUUUCGGGUUCAUGGGUUCGAAUCGUCAACGGUGAGGAAGCCCAAGAUGGUCAAUUUCCGUGGCAAGUGGCCAUUAUGGGUAAAUCAGCAGCGAUUCCGCGAUAUUUAUGUGGAGGGGCUUUGAUAAGUGACCAAUGGGUUUUAACAGCCGGACAUUGCGUCGAUGGGGCUAUCUCGGCUAAAAUUUAUUCGGGAUCGGCUCGACUUUCAGCGAAUAAUAAAACUACAAGUGAAGCUGCGGAAUUUAUUCGGCAUGAACAGUUUGAUGCUAUUUACCUUAACAAUGAUAUUGGGCUUAUCAAACUUAAGGAAGCUGUGACUAUUGAUGAGUACACUAAACCUAUUGUUUUGGCGGAAACUGAGUUAGAAGACAGUACUAAUGUUACAGUGAGUGGUUGGGGUCAAAUUAGUGAUUCCGACAAAAAUCCGACUAGUGAUAUUCUUAAUUAUAUCACUAUUCCUACAAUUAGUAACGACAAGUGUAAAGUUUAUUAUGGUGGUACUAUUGUUUUGCCUAGUUUGGUGUGUACCAGUGGUGGCAACCCAAUUAAAAGUCCCUGUUUGGGUGACAGUGGUGGCCCUGUUGUCACUAACCCUGAUACAAACCCUCUCCAUGUUGCCAUUUUUAGUUUUGUCAAUGGAUAUGGGUGCGAAAUGGAUUAUCCUGCAGGAUAUACACGAACUGCCUAUUACAGGGAUUGGAUAAGGGAAAAAACCGGAAUUUGAUGAAACAUUAUUUCGCUUUUAUCCACUAUUGAUUUUCGUUUAUUUGAAAUAAAUUUAUUCCAAUAAUGGGUUUGAAAACAA